UGGAUUUUGCUGACAGUAUUCCUAAAAGAUUUUAUACUACCACAUAUUCUAUUCGUGGUUGACAAUUUGCGAGCCAAUCUAAAACCCCGAAAGAUCUUCUAGUAUAGAUAUAUAUCAUGAAACCAAUCGGUAAAGGGUAUAAAAGAUAGAAUGCGUUGCAGUAUAUUGCUGUAGACAGAUUUGCGUUCAGUAAGCCGCACAGUGAAUCCGCAAAGUUUUCGAGGUAUCAGUAAAUUAAUAAUAAAGUGUCGAGAGUUCAUAGAUUCAUGAUGACAAAUGUCAAGAUAGACGUUGAGUACUGUGGUUCCUGUGGGCACAAAAAACAGUUCUUAGAAAUGUCUGAUAUAAUACGCAAGACCGUUCCUAAUGCUGAAAUAUCUGGAACAGAAGGUAGACAAGCGUCGUUUGAGGUCCAGAUGAAUGGAGACCUAGUGUAUUCAAAACUGCAAACCUUGGCAUUUCCAGAUUACGAAGCUGUGACAGAUCUUGCAAAAGAUGUGUCUGCGGGACAGCCAACAAGAAAAAUAAAAAAAGAGCAGCCGAUAGAGUGUUCUAUUUCUUGAAAGUAAUUAUAUGCAAUCACAUAACAAUAUUAGAAUUAUUAGAAUCGUGUAUCGCCAAUAGCAUUAUUUAAUUAAUAUUUAACAUCUCAUUGAGUAAUCGA